CUCGGUUGAAAAUUGACUGGUACGGAAGGUAGGGCUGAGGACUGGCAGGUGAGAAAUCAAGCCAUCUCCCUCUUUGUUUCACAUUUCGCAUUUCGCAUUUGGCAUUUCAGAGAGCCGAUUCGCAGAAAUCAGAUCCAUCUGGUCUGGUCAAAAGUCAAACCACACACACACAGUGAGAGUAGGAGUAGUCUACCAAUUCCAUCAUCCAAUUCCCAAUUUCUCAAUUUCUCAAUUUCUCAAUUCCCCAAUUCCCCAAUUGUUCUUCUUCUUCUGAGUCGAAUAAAAAGAAAGAAAAUUCGAGGGUUUGGGUUUUGAUUUUGUUAAUUGGGAAUUGUGGGAAUUGUGGGAAUUCUUGUAUGUAGAAUGAGUGUCGCUCCGGCUCCCGUUCUCUCUUCCACUCGCAACCCCACCAAUUUGGCAAUUUUACUACUCCUUCCGCUCCAUACUCCUCUGAAUUCAUAGCUCCAAAUUAUUACCCUUUCCCUCCCCUCCCAUCCCAAAAAAUAAUAUAAAUAACCAAGCCGAUGUACUCAAGCAAUUUGAAAGGCUUCAUCUUGGCCGUCGUCUCGAGCGCCUUCAUUGGCUCCAGCUUCAUCAUCAAGAAGAAGGGUCUCCGCCGGGCCGGCGUCAACGGCCCUCGAGCCAGUGUGGGAGGAUAUGGGUAUCUGUUAGAGCCUCUAUGGUGGAUAGGAAUGGUAACAAUGGUUGUUGGAGAGAUAGCCAAUUUUGUAGCAUACAUUUACGCACCUGCUGGCCUGGUCACCCCGCUUGGUGCAUUGAGCAUUAUUGUUAGUGCUGUUUUAGCGCAUUUUUUGUUGAAGGAGAAACUCCAGAAAAUGGGAAUGUUGGGGUGUCUUUUAUGUGUAGUGGGUUCGACUGUGAUUGUACUCCAUUCGCCUGAAGAGCAAUCUCUCAGUUCCGUUGAAGAAAUCUGGGAAUUAGCAAUACAACCUGCAUUUCUUUUGUAUACAGCCUCGGUGGUAGCUGUAACAUUAGUUCUGAUGUUGUAUUGUGCUCCCCGCUAUGGCCAAACCAAUAUACUGAUUUAUAUAGGAAUCUGUUCUAUAAUAGGAUCGUUGACAGUUAUGAGUGUAAAAGCAAUUGGGAUUGCUAUAGAACUCACAAUAGAGGGCACAAACCAGCUAAAAUACUUCCAAACAUGGAUUUUUGGAAUGGUUGCAGUUACCUGUAUCAUCACUCAAUUAAAUUAUCUGAACAUGGCGUUGGAUACUUUCAACACAGCAAUUGUUUCUCCGAUAUAUUAUGCAAUGUUCACAUCUUUUACAAUAUUUGCCAGUGCAAUAAUGUUUAAGGAUUAUUCGGGUCAAAGUGUGAGCAGCAUAGCAUCAGAAUUUUGCGGUUUCAUCACUGUGUUAUCUGGGACUGCUAUAUUGCAUAGUACAAGAGAGCCAGAUCCACCUUUAAUUACAGAUUUGUACACACCAUUAUCUCCGAAAGUAUCAUGGUACAUACAAAGCAAUGGGGAAUGGAAGCAGAAGGAUGAGGAUGGCACAACCCCUAAUUUCAUCACUAUUCUUCGGCAGGACUACUUCAAGUAAUGGAAUAUGCUUCCGACAUCGAGUUCUUGGUUGCAUCUCAUGACUUGAGUGUGAAAUGGUACCUCAAUAUCAUCAUUUUUUUUUCCAGCUUGAAAGCCAGAGGUAUGCUUGGGACUCUAAAAGUGCUUUGGCAUGACUGUAAAGUAGCUCUCGUGCAUAGAAAACCAAGCAGAAAUGUUUUGCUGAGAUUUUUUUCGGCUUUCCAUUCAAAUUUUGAGCGGUGUUGUGGAAUUAUCAAAUAGCCAUAGUUUUAGAAGCGACGUCUUCAUUCAUUCAUUCUCUCACCACACGAGAUUUUAGUUUCAAUCCUUGUAGAGAGUCAGACAGAUCCAUCUCCGGCUUAUAGCUUGUAAUUUGAUCUGACUCAUCAAUGUAAUUUAAUUCAAUUGCUUUUCUUACUAUAUAUGGUUGAAGUAGCAGCUUGAUGUUCUUUGUAAAUGACCAUUUAACAACCUUGAGACCAAUGCAAAAGUGGCAUUAAACAUUUGUAUCAUCAUUUUUGAGAGAGAUUUGUAUGAUCUUUAA